GUUUCUUCGUGGCUGCCAUUUUAAUUACGGUGGAGUCUCUGUAGUUGGUCAGGGGCUUCUGUGUGCGGUGUUGGGAGCGAGGAGACAGGCUAAGAGGCGCAAGAGGAGGCUCUGUGCGCACUGAACCGGGGCGGUUUUGAGGGUCAGGGACAGACCCUUGCAGUGUACGUGCAGAGUGGGACCCGGUCGGUCGACUGUCGCCACUCCUUUCCGUCCAGAAGUUCCGAUGGCGGCGCCUGCGCUGAGGGACCAGGCUCAGGGCAGUGUGACCUUUGAGGAUGUUGCCGUGUACUUCUCCUGGGAGGAAUGGUGUCUUCUUGAUGAGGUUCAGAUACACCUGUACCUUGAUGUCAUGCUGGAGAACUUUGCACUUGUAUGCAUGCUGGGUUCUUGGCACCGGGUCGAGGAUGAAGAGACACCCUCUGAACAGAGCGUAUCUGCAGGAGUGUCACAGAUCAGGACUUCCAGCGCAGGUUCAUCUCCUGAGAAGGCCCAGCCCUGUAAGAUGUGCCUCCCAGUCUUGAGAGACAUUUUGCACUUGGCUGAAGAGCAAGGAACAAAUAGGGGGCAGAAAGCAUACACAUGUGGGGCAUGUGGGAAACAGUUCUAUUUCACUGCAAACCUUCAAGAGCACCAGAAGCAGCACAUUAGAGAGAAACCCUUCAGCUGUGAUAUGGGGAGACCCGCAUUUUUCAAAAGCUGCACAAUCCAUGCAACAGGGAAUCUCUCUACCUACAUGGAGAUUGGGAACAACUAUGUGGCCAAAAUUGGACUUCAGAAACAGGUUACUAAUACCAGGAAGAAACUGAACAACAGUAAGGUGUGUGAAGCUGUUUUUGACAGUGGAAAAUGUCAUCACAGCUGUGGAGAAGGCAACAAAUUCUCCAGCCACACAGAAAUACUUGUUCAGUCUGAGACAGUCCUCACUUGUGAAAGGUUUUGUGAAUGCAGCAACUGUGAGAAAGCCUGCACCCAAAGAAGUAACCAUAGUCAGCACCAGAAGGUUCACACUGGAGAAAGGUCUUAUGAAUGCAGCCAAUGUGGAAAAUUUUUUACCCACAAAUCUAGUUUCCUUACACAUCAGAGAGUUCACAGUGGGGAAAGGCCUUAUGAGUGCAGUGAAUGUGGAAAAUCUUUUACUACUAGGUCUGGCCUCUAUUAUCAUCUGCGAGUUCACACUGGAGAAAGGCCUUAUGAGUGCAGUGAAUGUGGGAAAUCUUUUAGUAAUAGGUCAAUCCUUUGUAAUCAUCAGAGAGUUCACAGUGGAGAAAAGCCUUUUGAGUGCAGUGAAUGUGGGAAAUUCUUUAGCCGAAAUGGACACCUUAGUGCCCAUAAGAAAGUUCAUACUGGAGAAAAGCCUUAUGAAUGCAAUAAAUGUGGAAAAUUUUUUACUGCUAAGACGAGCCUUCAUUACCAUCAGCGAAUUCACAGUGGAGAAAAGCCUUAUGAGUGUAGUCAAUGUGGGAAAUCUUUUACUACUAGCUCUGGUUUCUAUUAUCAUCAGAGAGUUCACAGUGGAGAAAGGCCUUAUGAGUGCAGUGAAUGUGGGAAAUCUUUUACUAGUAGUUCUGGUCUCUAUUAUCAUCAGAGAGUUCACAGUGGAGAAAGGCCUUAUGAGUGCAGUGAAUGUGGGAAAUCUUUUACUACUAGUUCUGCUCUCUAUUAUCAUCAGAGAGUUCACAGUGGAGAAAGGCCUUAUGAGUGCAGUGAAUGUGGGAAGUGUUUUACUGGUAGCUCGAGCCUUAAUCGUCAUCAGAGGGUUCACAGUGGAGAAAGGCCUUAUGAGUGCAUUGCAUGUGGGAAAUGUUUUAGUAUUAUAUCUGAUCUUUAUGUUCAUCAGAGAAUUCACACAGGAGAACGGCCUUAUAAGUGCAAUGAAUGUGGGAAAUCUUUUACUGAUACGUCAAGUCUUCGUCGUCAUCAGAGAGUUCACACUGGAGAAAGGCCUUAUGAGUGUACUGAAUGUGGGAAAUGCUUUAGCCGAAGACAGCUCCUCUAUAUCCAUAGGAAAAUCCACACUGGAGAAAAGCCUUGUGAGUGAAAGGAAUGUGAUAAAUCUUACUGAAAGGUGCUACUUCAUUAAACAUCAGUUCACACUGGUAAAAGGGCCUUAUGAAUAUAGCGAAUAUAGAUGGGACUAAUGUUCAAGGAGUUUGAGAUUGUAACAGGGUGGGAAGAAACCCUGCAGUUACUGUGCAGCAAAUGUACCCUUUCUUGGGACAAACUGCGGCACAGAGAGAAUGUAUCAUCUGUUGUGAACAGAUGAUAUCUGGAUUCAAUGUCAGGUUGCCUGGUUCAGGACAUAGGGAAUCUGGUCAUUUCAGUCCUUUUCUCCCCCUUCCCCCGUUGAGGACUCAAAGACACGUUGUCCAUCCGGACACUUUUGCCCCCCACCCCAGGAGCACUGCUGAUACCACAGCCCCAUGCUGAUGAAUAGGGCUGUCUUUUCUCUGGGAAACAACAUUUAUGGCUUUCUUGGAAAUGACUCCCAUUCAUCUACCCAACCAAACCAGUGCUCAUAGUGUUUUUAUUCACAUUUGUAAAGGAAGGCAUGUGCAGCCCAGAGACAUUGAGGGAAUUCCACAAGACCUCACUACUGCCAGGUCUUUGAUGAGAGUGGUUCCUCUACACUGUACCCUUCCAAUGGCCUCUCCUGCUUUGAGCAGGGACUCCCAUUUUCUUUGUCCCAAAGAUGAACUACCAACACCUGAUGUGUUUUCCACCUGGACCUCCAGCUUCAUUUUUUCCAGUGUACAUCUGCUUCCUGCAAACACCCUCCCUCUUGGGACGUUCUUACAGUGACAGCAGCACUAAGCCAGGCACUGCAGAGAGGAUCAUUGGAGUCACCCCAGAUGUGACACUGGCUCCACUGCCAUAUGCAGUGAUUCGUUUUCAAGGUCCUUUCCUUCUUUUUCAUAAACCCACUUCAGGAUGUCCUCGUUUCCCCAUUAUGCAGUUGACAUGCUCACUGUUCUGGGCAGUGUGAAGGACACUGAAGGACUAGGAAUGUCCACUGUGGCCCUCACAUGACCUGGUCCCCAAGGCUAUUCCUCCUAAUCCUUUUUACCAUCCCCUUACUGCUCCUCCUCCACCACCCUCCCCAAAAUGUAAGUCACCAAAUAAUGAUUUUUAAUCAGCAAGAACUUUCCUGCCCCCCUUUUGAGACCUACAUUUGACCAACCUAGCUUAAAAGCUAAGACAGAAUGCAGGCUGACCCCUCCGAUGAAGACUGUAAAAUCGCAGUAUAAAAUCAGUAUGAUUUUAAUUGCUUUUUUCUCAUGGUUCUUUUUUUUUUUAAUUUUGGGUGCACUUUGUGGCAUGUGGGAUUUUAGUUAUCCAACCAGGGAUUGAACCUCUGCCCCCUGCAGUGGAAAUGCAGAACCAUAACUAGUGGACUGCCAGGGGAUUCCCUCAGGAUUUUUCAGUUUGAGUUAUUAUUAUUAUUAUUUUUUAAUCUGUCUAUUUUUUACCUGCAUGUCUUGUUUUGAUAAAUUUCUAUUUCUGUCUUUUACCUGCUUUUAUUUUGUGAGUUUUUGUCUGUUUUCUCUUUCCUUGACAAGUAAGAGAUCAGGGAAACAACAAAGGUAUCUGUGAGAUUUCACACAUUUACCCAAUGUGAGUGACUUCUUUUCUGCAUGGAACUGUAAUUUGGCAUAGUGAAAGAAUAUGUUCUCAAUUUUUUCUUAAUUUUGGUCUUAUGCAUAAUGUAAUGGCCACAUACAUUAUAUAUGUUAAAGAUAAAUCUGGGGCUUCCCUGGUGGCGCAGUGGUUGAGAGUCCACCUGCCGAUGCAGGGGACACGGGUUCGUGCCCCGGUCCGGGAAGAUCCCACAUGCCGCGGAGUGGCUGGGCCUGUGAGCCACGGCCGCUGAGCCUGCACAUCUGGAGCCUGUGUUCCACAACGGGAGAGGCCAUGACAGUGAGAGGUCUGCGUACUGCAAAAAAAAAUAAAAUAAAAGAUAAAUCUGCACUAUUAACAUAUGCUACCUCAGGUUUUUUCCUUUUUUUAUUCUCAGUCACCCCCCCUUUUUUUUCCCCAGACCACACAGCUUGUGGGACCUCAGUUCCCUGACCAGACAUCAAACCCAGGCCCCAGCACUGAAAGCCCAGAAUCCUAAUCACUAGGCCACCAGGGAACUCCCAUAUCCUACCUCAGUCUUAAGUCCAGAUAUUCAGUAACACAGUAAGUGAAAUCCUGGUUUGUAGUCUUUGCCAAUUUCCCUGGUGUAAAUACUUCCAGCAUAUCCAAUGUCAAAUUGCCAACAUAAUGUCACUGAAUAUGGAGUUGGGAAGCCUUGCCAGGAGCCCACCAUUGUAUUCUUUUUCUACCUUACAGGUACAGUAGCCACAAAUAAGUUUAAGAAUGUCGCUAAUAAACCAUAGUAGAAUGAUUAUAAAGUGACAGGUUUUGCAUAUUUGUUUUAAAAAUCGUUUAAUAUAUGUAUAGUUGACUGAAAAUAAAUUACAUAUACCUUAAAUGUACAUUUUAACACUGUGAUACUUGUGUAAAGCCCUGAAACCAGUUUCCUCCUGUCACUUUUAAUUCAUCCUCAAAAUUAAAAAUACUGAUGCAAGAGCA